AUGACUUGUUUUGGUUAAUGCCAAAGUUGUUUUGCUCAAUGGAUUUUCGAAUCUUUUACAUAGGCAGUAGGGCUUCAAUUUAUUGUUGAAGUCUAUUGUUAUAGCAAAGCUUGAUGCAAAUUAUUGGUUAUUAAAAAUGAUUGCUAAAGAUGUCCGUCAACGGUGUCUUGUUUUCUUGAAAUUAUUCAUAAAUAUCUAAGUGCUAACAUAUUUGUGUUACAAUUGGAGGAGAUAUAUUGCGUUAAAUAAAAGACGAAUACGGUUAAGUGUUUAUUCAUCGAACGAGACGCAAAAACAGUGCGUGCCGGCAUCCCUUGUACUCGAUGUCGUAGUAUUUCUCGUAGAAAUCCUGUAUUAGCUCCUCCACCUGCAAAAUGAUGUCUAAUGAUAUAUUGCAGACAAAGUGUGAUGUGUGUGCGGAGAUCGCUCAUGAACCUUACAUCGAAUGCUGCGAUUGUGAGACGAACCUUUGUUCUGGAUGUUUUGCUGCCGGUAAGGAAACAACUACGCACAAAAAUGACCACAUGUACGCUAUCAGAAGAAACGAUUUCCCGCUCUUCGAAAACUGCAAUUGGUCAGCGAAAGAAGAAUGCAAAUUACUUUCGGCAUUAUCGACGUGUGGUUAUGGUAACUGGGAAGAGAUAUCAAAAAGUGUCCACACGCGAUCUAAGUUAGAAUGUCAGGAACAUUACAAGAAAUAUUACAUUGAGAAUGUCCCGUGUAAAGAGCUCCAAGUAUUUCCAGAAACUAAAGAGUCCUUGUUUCCAAAACUGCUCACACCUUACUUGUACAAUACAGAUGUGUGUACGAACCCUCCAAGAAAUAAUACUGGUGACCAACACUUGGCUGGGUAUAACGCAUACAGAUCAGAAUUUGAGUUUAACUAUGACCAUAAUGCUGAGAGCAUUUUUAACAUAGAAGACAGCCAUUCAGAAGAUGAUGAUGAAUGUAUGGAUGCAUUGAAAGUUUCACUGGUAAAUGCUCUUAACACAAGGUUACGGGAAAGGCGAAGGAGGUACAAAAUCAUACAGAACCAUGGUCUCAUAAUGGCUAAUAAACUGAUUGCGUGGGUGCAAAAAUUUGAUGUGACAAUGACUAGACAAAAAGCAGAAAGACUCCUUUGCUUCAUGCAGUUUAUGACUGGAAUGCAGUUCGAUGCAUUUAUGGAAACCAUGAAUUUGGAGUACGAACUGAUGCAAAAGUUAUUAAGGCUCUGCCAAUUCCGCCGAUACGGCAUAAAAACAUUAUACACAGCUAGGAUUUUCAAACAGUUGAAAAGAGACAAUGACUUGCAUGUGAAAGAGCAGAAACAUGCAACAGCCAUCAUGGCUAAGAACUUUGAUAAUCAAUCACCAACGAAACCCACUACUCUGUACGGUAGAAACAAGCUACUGAAGUUUAAAAGGACAUUGAUGCCUCUCGAGAUUACAGAUUUGCCAGGAUUCAGUCAACUCACUGAGACUGAGAGAGUUCUCUGCUCCAACUUGAGACUGACACCCGAGAGUUUUUUGGACAUUAAAGAACAACUCAUAGCACAGAACUUUAAAAUGGGCUGCCUUCGGUUAAUAGAUGCCAGGAGGAUAAUCAAAAUUGAUGUAAAUAAGACUAGAAAGAUCUAUGAUUACUUAAUGUAUGAAGGAUUUAUAACCAAACCGGUGUAAAUAAAUUGUUUUUAUCAUUC